UUCCUCUGUAUGACAAUGAUGCCAUCUUUGAUGCAGGGUUUGGAAGAUCCAACAAGGAGCAGAUACAAGCUUUUCUUGAGUUGUUCCUUGAUUAUUACCUCUGUCAUCCCACCUGAGCUGCCAAUGGAGCUAUCAAUAGCUGUUAAUACAUCUUUAAUUGCAUUAGCACGACGUGGGAUAUUCUGCACAGAACCGUUUCGAAUUCCCUUUGCUGGGAAGGUUGAUAUUUGUUGUUUUGACAAGACAGGAACUCUCACAUCAGAUGACAUGGAGUUCCGUGGAGUAGAUGGACUGACAGACAGUCUGGAUUUACAGUCAGAUAUGACUAAUGUGCCCGUUAGGACAGUGGAAAUUCUUGCUGCUUGUCAUGCCUUGGUGUUUGUUGACAACAAACUGGUUGGUGAUCCUCUUGAAAAGGCAGCACUUAAAGGUGUAGAUUGGGCUUAUACAUCUGAUGAGAAGGCUAUGCCAAAAAAGUAAGUCAUAAUACAAAUUGACAUCAGUACUCUAGUUAUAUUGUAUGGAGCAUUGUGCUCCAGAAGUUCUUAUG